AUGUCUACCAUUUACUCAAAAGCCAGCGAAAAUGUGUGUAUGUGGAAGCAGCAGAGUUCAGACGUCUGCGACUCGCCUCGGUCAUGUUAUGAUUGUCUCAAUACACCUGUGGGUGAUGGUAUAGACUGCACUAUUACUAGUGCGGGGUUGUGCACUACCUUAGACGAGUACCUGUGGCAAGAAGACUACCGUCUUAAUCGUAGUGAUACUACUUCGCACUAUUUUCCUUCGACCAAUACAACCUAUUGCGACAUAAAUGAUAGUGUGUGUACGAAAUGCCGUUCAAGCCAAUUUAAAGAAUCAGCAUCUCAAUUCUGUGUCGGAUUGGACGGUUGUGUAUGUGUGAGUCUUUGCGAGUCACCCGAUUAUACUACCACGAUUGCAGCUAAAUACUGUGCAACGCUAGACUUUGAGACCGCAGACGGUGAGAGUAGCUCAUUGACCGAUACCUUUAUCGUCCUCACUCUUGGAUUUAUAAUUCCCGUAAUCGUGUACCAUUCGUAUGCUCGUCGUGUGCGAAAUCGUCUUGUCCACGAAGAGAUACACAACGAUCGAAGGGCUGUUAAAGGUCCUGUCAUGCCACUUGUGGGCUGGAAGAAGCAUCGUGCUGACCUUAUGGCAAAUCAGAGAAUCAUUAUGUCGGUCGAUUCAGGAGUUGUGGCUUCUAAAUCGGUUAUAGAAGGACAUGUGAGCGGAAAUGCGACUAUUGACACUUCACUAUCAACACUCUCGGCUUCGACUGUCUCGAUCGAGCGUGAAGAUUCGUUGGCUGAUCUGACGAGUUCUGGAAGAUGUUUAUCAAGCUCUAAUACUGUCAGUAUGGAAACCCAUCGACAGAGCAUGCCAAUCAUGAGCUGGAGUGAAGAAAGUGUUUUGGAUGAAAAUGACAUGAUUGGAGCGCAAUUCACUCAGCUGGAAGACCACAUCGUCUAG